AUUUAAACCAGCCAAUCAAAAUAAGUUUUACUUACACAGUUGGUUAAACAAAUUUUGUUCAGAAUGGCAGAAACAGGAGCUGAUCCUGGCUCUAGGAUGAAGGGGGUAGCAAUAAUAAAGCCCAUUGUUUAUGGGAACCAGGCUCGCUACUUUGGCAAGAAACGAGAGGAAGAUGGCCAUACUCAUCAAUGGACUGUAUAUGUAAAGCCCUUCAGAAAUGAGGACAUGUCUACAUAUGUGAAGAAGGUGCAUUUUAAGCUACAUGAAAGUAUACCAAAUUUCAACAGAAUUGUUACAAAGCCUCCCUAUGAAGUUACCGAGACUGGUUGGGGAGAGUUCGAGAUCAUCAUUAAGAUUUACUUCAUCGAUCCAAAUGAGAGGCCGGUGACCCUCUAUCACUUGUUGAAGUUAUUCCAAAGUGAGACCAACAUCAUGUUAGGCAAGAAAGCACUGGUGCAAGAAUUUUAUGAUGAAAUUAUAUUCCAAGACCCGACCACUAUGAUGCACCAGGCUCUUACUACAACUAGACCCCUGACACUAGGCACAUAUAGACAUGAAACAGAUGUUGAUGAAAAGAAAACGAAAACAUUGGAAGCUAUAACGUCUGCGAAAUCCAAAAUUCGAAACGAAAUCUCAGAACUAAAUGAAAGACUGAAGCAAAACAAGGAAGGAAUUGCAAAAUUUAGGACUGAAAUACAAAAACUGCAAGAGCCUGAAAUAAAAAUUGAGCCACCGUAAAACAGAGAACCAGUAAAAGCAUUUGGAUAGUAGAUUUAGCGCUGUUGUACCUCAGUCCUUAUAGGUCUCUCUGAUUGUGGUAAUAUUGGGUUAUACCCUUACAGCAUACAAUGACAUUGUGAUAUCAGAGGAUAACAUUCAAUUUCGUUCAUCUCUAGUGACAUCACAAGGGGAAUAGAAGUCACAUUUCACUCCAAUUAUUAUAUUGACUUCACAAUAAAUAUUAAACUUCACUGUCU